AUGAAGACGACAACGACAACGACAACGACAACGACGACGAGGGCGGUGCUGCUCGCCCUCCUCGGCGGCGGCGGCCUCGUCCGGGCCGCGGCGAACUUGUGCUUCUUCCCGGGCGGCAUCCAGGCCCGCGACGUGCCGUGCGACCCGACGGCCGAGGUCAGCAUGUGCUGCGGCAGCGUCAACGCGUGCCUGAGCAACGGGCUUUGCAAGCUCGAGGACACGUUCAACGACACGGGCAUCGCCUACGCGCGGGGGACGUGUUCGGACCCGACGUGGCAGAGCCCGGUGUGUCCGCAGAACUGCGUGCUGAACCAGGACACGCGACACAACAGGUCGGCUUUUGACUUCCGGUUCAACGGCGUGCAGGUGUGGCAGUGCGACAGCCAGGGGUUCGGCGUGCCGGGCAAGUUCUGCUGCGAGUCCGCCGCCGAGAAGACGCGGUGCUGCAGCACGCCAACCGCCGUCUUCGGGCCCCUGAUCGCCGCGACGCGGGGCAACGCCGCCGCCGUGCAGAGCUUGAACGCGGUCGGCAGUGUCCAGUCCUCGCCGACGCCGACCGGGUCGUACGGGGGCGUCACGGGCACGCCGAGCGCGACGGCGGUGCCGACGAUGACGAGCAAGAUCCCGGCGACGCCGGGCGGGGCGGAAGCGAGCUCGCCCACGGGGUCGAACAAUAACGGCAGUAGCAGUGGCGGCGGCGGCGACGACGAUCAAGAGGGCGGGCAGCGGGGGCUGGGCAACGUGGCGAUCGUGGGCAUGGGCAUCGGCGCGAGCGUCGGCGGCGCGCUGCUGGUUGCCGCGGGCGUCAUGUGGUGGCUGCGCAAGGAGAGGAAGAGGAGCGGACCCAUGGAGCUGGACGGGUCGAGCACGCACGGCGGCGGCGGCGGCGGCGGCGGCGGAGGAGGAGGCAUCGGCGGCGGCAUGGGAGUCACGGGAGGCGACCUGUCGAGGUCGGACACAGGGCGGAUCGCGUACGGCGGGAUGAACCUCAACAACGGCACGGGGACGGUCAGCUCGAUGGGCACGGGCACGUACGCGAUGACGGGCAACAGCAUGGUCGUGAGGCGGCUAAGCAGCGACUGGGACGGCAGCCCCGGCGGGUUCGGCGGCGGCAGCGGCGGGAAUUAUCAGAUGGCCGAGAUCGACGGCAAGGAGACGUUCAUAGUGGCGGAGCCGCAGGCGCCGGCGAGGAAGAAGAGCUUGUACGAGCUGCCGUAG